AAACAAGCUGAAAGAACAGAGAGAAUACCUCAAUCAAAAUUAUAUAAACUGGUAUUGCAGUCGCGUUAUUUUAUAUUGCACAAAACUUAAUUUUAAGAAAACUAAUCCACUCAACCCAAGACAAAGUAAACGAGAUAGAACUAGCACCAGACUAAAAACACUGCAAUGUAAGAGUGCCAAAAAAAAAAAAAAAAAGAGAGAAUGUACUUGAAGCUAGGAACAAUGAGCUUCAUCCACCACAAAGCUCGGACUGUUUGCCUACCUAGGUCCAUGGUCCAUUGUUCUUCUGGGAAAAAACAUGGGGCUUUGGAUAUAACAGGCUUCUAGAAACCAUAUGCUUGCUGAUUCUAACAAACUUCACUGACUAGUUUUGCCUUUUCCACUGAAAGGGAAAGACAGAAAAGGUUACUAGAAUAUAUGUGAGACAAUCGAAUACACCAAACCAAAGAAAUUAAAUCUUUGGACCAAUUAGUUCCAUGAAUAAUUUGAAGAACAACAAAAGAAUAUGUAACAUGAGAGCAAAUUUACAAUAUAAUCAUACCCAUUACAGCCAAAAUAAAAAAUUCCAGGGACA